AUGUCUACGUAUUUUGCCAAUGGAUAUAAGUUUCAUACGGAAGAAUGGUCUAAGAAUAAGAAAACCAUUAAUAGCGGGGUAUGGGUGAAAGGUGAUGAUGGUGACCAAGAAUAUGAGGUGCAUAGUGAAGGCAUAUACGAAGAAGUUGAUCUGUCAGUUGAACAAAAUUAUGGAAUGGGGACAUCUAUGGCCAAUGCGGAGGAACAUUCAGGUGAUGAAAAUGAAUUCAUUGAGGAGGAAGAAUUUUCUGAUGAAAAUGAAACAAGCGAGGAGGAUGAAACUGAUGAUGAAAAUGUAGCAAGCGAUGACGAUGGAAUGGAUGAUGGAAAUGAAACAAGCGAUGACGAUAAUUGA